AUGAUACCAACAAAGAGGAAAGAGAUAGGAAGAAUUCAAUGGUUCCCUAUUACUCAAUUACCUGGAUAUUAUAAUACUAAUAACACCAACAGCAACAGCAGCAGCAGCAACAGCAGCAGCAGCAACAGCAGCAGUGGUGGUGGUAGUGGUGGUGGUAGUGGUGGUAGUUGUAGUUUUUACGGGAAGAAAGGAGGAGAGAUACAACUGCAGCAACUGCAGCAGCAGCAACAGCAGCAGCAGCAGCAGCAGCAGCAGCAGCAGCAGCAGCAAUAUUAUAAUAAAUUUCAUCAAGUACAACAAUUUGUACCUAAUUUACUUAAAUGGAUAGAUAUAUUAAAAGGUUCUGCUGCUGCUGCUGCUGCUGCUGCUGCUGCUGCUGAGGAAGGAGGAGGAGGAGGAGGAGGAACAGCAGCAGGAGGAGGAGGAGGAGGAGAAAGUAAUGGGAAAAGGAAGCAGCAAGCAGCAGCAUUACUUAGGGCUAUUGGUGGGGCAACAGACAGCAGCAACAGCAGCAACAGCAGCAAUUGCAGCAACAGCAGUAACGAUACCAAUAAUAACGAUACUAGCAACAGCAGCAGCAGCAGCAGCAGCAGCAGCAGCAGCAGUGCUUAUACAUUACCACCUAUGGAUGAGAAGACACUACGUUUGCUGCAGCUUGUUGAGGAAGACACAACAACAACAGCAGCAGCAACUUCUGCUGCUGCUGCUGCUAAUAAUAAUAAUAAUUAUAAUUAUAAUUAUAAUAAUUAUAAUGAGGAUAAUCAUACAACAAGACAUGCAACAGCAGCAACAGCAGCAGCAACAGGAGAUGGUAGUUGUCAACAGGAUAAACAACAGCAACAGCAACAGCAGCGUGAUGUUAGCUGCAGCACAGUUGUUGCAUCUGUUAGAAGUAAUUGUUACAGCAGCAACAACAACAACAGCAGCAGCAGCAGCAGCAGCAACAGCAGCAGCAGCAGCAGCAGCAGCAGCAGUGUGGAGACAUUUGCAAUGUAUCAAAGGACAACGCAAACAGAAAUAGGAGAUCCAGCAGCAGCAGCAGCAACAGCAGCAACAGCAGCAACAGCAGCAACAGCACCAGCGUCUAUUACAGCUGCAGCAGGAGGAAGUAGACGACAUGCUGCUGCUGCUGCUGCUGCUGGUGCUGCUGCAGGUUCUGCUGCACCUUCAGCAGCAACAGCAGCAGCAGCAACAGCAGCAACAGGAGGUGACUAUUUGCGUCAUCGUCCCUCCUCUCGUUCUUUCCCUCAUCAUCAUCAGCAGCAACAGCAGCAUAAUAACCACCACCACCAUCAGCAGCAGCAGCAGCAGCAGCAGCAGCAGCAGCAGCAUCGUGCAGCAGCAGCAGCAGCACGUAAUAGGAGUACAUUUGGAGACACCCAAGGGGGAUGGAGACCACAAGAGAUGUUUGCUGUUAAUAAAAAACUCUUUGGUGUUACCUCAACAUACACCCCAGAUGUAUAUACUGUACCCCUUAAGCAGCAGCAGCAGCAGCAGCAGCAGCAGCAGCAGCAACAGCAGCAACAGCAGCAACAGCAGCAGAGGGUUAACCAGCAACAGCAGAAAAUGCAACAGCAACAACAGCAGCAAAUAAUUCAGCAACAACAGCAACAACAACAAUUGCAGCAGCAGCAAAAGUAUCAACAGCAGCAACUGCAGCAGCAACAAAAAUUACAGCAGCAACAGCUGCUGCAGAUGCAGCAACAGCAACAGCAACUACAACAAAGACAUCUACAGCAGCAGCAACUGCAACAGCAGCAAUUGCAUCAUCAGCAGCAAAUACAGCAACAGCUACAACAUAGACAAGCGCAGCAGGAGCAGCUGCAGCAGCAAUAUCUAGAGAGGCAGCAGCUGCAGCAACAUCAAUUGCAGCAGCAGCAACAAGAGCAGCAGCAACAGCAACAGCAGCAACAGCAGCAGCACCUGCUUAAUUUGUUAGGGAGAGCGGCUGAGUGGAGCCGACAGAAUAAACAGCAGCAAGGUAAGCCGAGCUGUAGCUCGCAACUGCAGCAGCAGCAGCAGCAGCAGCAACACCAGCAGCAGCAGCAGCAAUCCCACAUCAGCAUCAGCAGCAGCAGCUGCAGCAGCAGCAGCAGCAGCUGUGCAGCGCCAUCAUUAAUGGGCGCUGGAGGGAAACACUUGACGGGAUCUGCUGCUGUUAUAUAUAGGGAACUUCAGCAGCAGCAGCAGCAGAAGGAACAACAGCAGCAACAGCUGCAACAGCAGCAGCAGCUGCUGCAACAGCAGCAGCAGCAGCAGCAGCAGCAGCAGUCUCUGCGGCGUGCUUUAUUGGAAGCAGGUAGCCGCAGCCGUCAGCGUAAUCGCGCACCUUUGCUGCAACCACCGACAACAACAACAACAGCAGCAGCAGCAGCAGCAGGUGCUGCUGCUACUGUCUCUUUACAGCAGCAUGGGGAGAAGCAGCUGCAGCACGAGCAGCAGCAGCAGCAGCAGCAGCAAGCUUCUUCAUGUGUCCGUGCAUGCACCCCUUCUUGCGUCCCUCCUCCUGAGUAUAUGCAGCAGAAGGAGCUGCAGCAGCGACUGCAGCAGGAGUUGCUGCUGCAGCAUCCAUACGAUAUAUGCAGCAGCAGCAACAGCAGCAGCAGCAGCAGCAACACAACCGCAACACAUGCAGCAACCGUUUUAACGCCCACCGGUGGGCGAAUACCGGCCAAUCAACUAAACAGCAGCAGCAGCAGCAGCAGCAGCAGCAAUAGCAGCAGCAGCAGCAGCAGCAAUAUAGGUAUAAUAGAUAUGAAUAUAUUAUUGUCUCCUCCUCCUGCUCCUUAUUUAUGUGCUGCUGUGUCUCCUAGUGAUGUUAGUGAUUGCCAAUCUAUAGGAGGAGACAGAGGAGACAGAUGUUCUUUGUCUCUUUUAUCUAUAAGAUCUUUAUUAUCUAUUAAUGAUGCAGCAGCAGCAGCAGCAACAACAGGAACAGCAACAGCAACAACAGCAGCAGCAACAGCAGCAGCACAUCAUACUCAUCAUGAUGAUUAUUAUCAUGGGCAUAUUAGGGAAAGAAGAGGAUUAAUUAGGGCUGCUUCUUGGUCUGCUGCUCCUGCUGCUGCUACUGAUGCUGAUGCUGCUGCUGCUGCUGCUUCUGCUGCUGCUACUGAUGAUGAUGAUAGUGAUAGUGCAGCAGCAGAUGCACAUGCAGCAGCAGAUGCAUGCACACCCUUUUCUAGGCAAAAUCAUGCUUCUUGUAGCAGCAGCAGCAGCAGCAGAAAUAGCAGCAGCAGCAGCAGCAGCAGCAGGUUUGCUUUCCGUGGGGGAGAAGGAAGACAAACACUCCCAGGGAUCUCCUUAAAUCCACCGGCAGCAGAUACAGCAGCAGCAGCAGCAGCAGCAACAGCAACAGCAACAGCAGCAGCAGCAAAAGCAGCAGCAGCAGCAGUUGAUUGA